UCUUCUCUGUUUUGUUUCUUGAAACUCUCUAUAUCAGCCCAAUGGAAACAGCCGAGGAGGCGAUAUCGGCAGCUAAGGCGCAAGCCUUGAUCAUUAAAGGGAAGAGGACUAAGAGGCAGCGUCCUCAGUCCCCAAUCUCUUUCUCUAUUGUCGCUCCAAUGUCUUCUCAAGAACCGGAUGCCCAAGAAGAGUCCACUAGUCUUGUUGCCAAGGAGAAGAGUCUCAAUGAUGAGAUAAACUACAACAAUAAUAAGAAUGAUAACAACAUUUUGAGCAAUGGUGUGACAUCUUCAUCUUCAACUUCUUCAUGUUUCAACAAUGCGACAUUAAAGGCCGCGGCUGACGAAGAAGAUCAAGAUAUGGCUAACUGUUUGAUCCUCCUUGCCAAAGGUCACUCUCUUCCACACCACAACCACAAUCACAACCACCAACAACCACAAACAAGACAACUUAUGGUAAGUUAUCAAGAAUCCGGUAAUAACAACAGCAGCAAUGCUUAUAGAUCUAGCAGCAGGAGGUUUCUAGAGACAUCUUCAUCUAACGGGACCACGACAAGUGGAGGCAGAGCUGGUUACUAUGUUUACCAAUGCAAAACAUGUGACCGAACUUUUCCUUCUUUCCAAGCUCUUGGUGGCCAUAGAGCCAGCCACAAGAAGCCUAAAGCCGCUCCGGGUCUUCAUGAGCUCAAGAAGUCUAUCUACAACGACGCCGUUUCUCUUCAUCUCAACGACGUCCUCACCACAACUCCUAACAACAGUAGUAACCAUAGAUCGCUUGUGGUGUACGGUAAAGCGAAUAACAAUAAAGUCCAUGAAUGUGGAAUAUGUGGAGCCGAGUUCACGUCCGGACAAGCCUUAGGUGGUCACAUGAGACGCCAUAGAGGCGCAGGGGUAGCAGCCACAGCCACCCCAACCGCGACAUUAGCACUUCCGGCCAGUGCGGCUACUGCAAACACGGUUUUGUCAUUGUCGCCUAUGUCGUUCGAUCAGAUGUCUGACGGUCCGGUUUAUCCGGUUCAGGCUCCGGUUAAGAGAGCUAGGAGUGCGGUUGUGUCGUUGGAUUUAGAUCUGAAUCUACCAGCUCCUGAAGAUGAGAACCGGGUCAACGGAUUAAGUGUUGCUCCAAAGCAAGAACAUGAACAAGAACAUGGACAAACACAACGGAGAGAAGAACAAAAGUCUAUUGUUUUGUCUUCUGCUCCUACAUUGGUAGAUUGCUAUUACUGA